AUGCCGCUGUCGGAUGGCGUGGAUGAGGCCGGUUACCUGAGAUGUCUUUUCAAUGAGCCGCUCAAACUAAUUCGAUGCAAGACAGUUGCACUCGAAGUGGCCGCCCAGGCAGAGAUUGUCGUCGAAGGUCACGUCUCGCUGACCCGGUGUGCACCAGGGGGGCCAAUGGGAGAAUUCCACGGCUACAUUUCGGAUCGAAUUAGAGAGAAGCUAGUGUAUGAAAUCAGUGCCAUUACUCAACGCAAUAACCCCUUGCUACCAGUCACGUCGGCCGGGAAGCCGGUGGAUGAGGACCACACGAUCACGGGGGACUCAGCCUCAGCCAUGGUGCUGGAGACAUGA